GCUGCCGGUGUCACCUCGCUUGUCGUCCGGGUGGCGCCUCCGGUGUGCUGCCGCCGAGACUCGGGGUGUCGGGGAUGCUGCUGCAGAGAUGGAGUUGAACCACAAAAACAGCAAAGUGUCGGACAGAGUUUGAGACAAAGGGAGGGGGGUUAGCGUUAGUUCUCCGGCCCAACUGACUGCUGGACGGGCUUUUGUUGAAAAUAAGAGCGGAGGACGUUUUUAAAAAAUCGGGUUGAAAAUGAAGCUGCUGAAGCCGAGCUGGGUGAGCCACAACGGCAAACCCAUAUUUUCUGUUGAUAUUCACCCUGAUGGGACAAAGUUUGCAACUGGUGGGCAAGGAGAGGAUUCUGGAAAGGUGAUGAUAUGGAACAUGGCACCAGUCCUCCGAGAGGAGGACGAGAAGAACGAGAAUAUUCCCAAAAUGCUUUGCCAGAUGGACAAUCACCUAGCGUGUGUGAACUGUGUGCGCUGGUCCAACAACGGGCUGUACCUGGCAUCAGGAGGAGACGACAAGCUGGUCAUGGUGUGGAGGAGAGCUGCAUUCAUCGGUCCGAGCACGGUGUUUGGGUCGAGCAGUAAACUGGCCAAUGUGGAGCAGUGGAGGUGUGUCACCAUCCUGAGGAAUCACACUGGAGAUGUGAUGGACGUGGCGUGGUCUCCUCAUGACGUGUGGCUGGCCUCCUGCAGCGUCGACAACACCAUCGUGAUCUGGAACGCUCGCAAAUUCCCAGAGAUGGUAACAUGUCUGCGAGGACACACUGGGCUGGUUAAAGGUCUGACGUGGGACCCAGUAGGGAAAUACAUCGCCUCCCAGGCCGACGACCACAGCCUCAAAGUGUGGAGGACGGUGGACUGGCAGAUGGAGGCCAACAUCACCAAACCCUUCAGCGAGUGCGGCGGGACGACCCACGUCCUACGUCUGUCCUGGUCUCCAGACGGUCAGUAUCUGGUCUCCGCUCACGCCAUGAACAACUCAGGCCCCACCGCUCAGAUCGUAGAGAGAGACGGCUGGAAGACUAACAUGGACUUUGUGGGCCACCGUAAAGCCGUCACUGUGGUGAAAUUCAACCCAAAGAUCUUUAAGAAGAAGCAGAAGAACGGCAGCUCUCCAAAGCCCAGCUGUCCAUACUGCUGCUGCGCUGUUGGCAGCAAAGACCGAUCGCUCUCUGUCUGGCUGACCUCACUGAAGCGCCCUCUGGUGGUCAUUCAUGAUCUUUUUGAUAAAUCAAUUAUGGACAUCUCCUGGACUCUGACAGGUCUGGGGAUGCUUGUGUGUUCGAUGGACGGCACUGUUGCCUACCUGGACUUCUCACUGGAUGAACUGGGGGACCCGCUGAGCGAGGAGGAGAAGAAUAGUAUCCACCAGAACAUCUAUGGUAAGAGUCUGGCUAUAACCAGCACUGAGGCUCAGCUCUCCACCACCAUCAUCGAGAACCCCGAGAUGCUCAAAUACCAGCAGGAGCGACAGAACUCGGCCCAGGCCAACUCAGGACCAGGCAGCGCCGGGCCCGAAUCCUCUACCCCCAAACUCAACAGUGUGAUGAACGGAGAGUCUCUGGAGGAUAUCAGGAAGAACCUUCUGAAAAAGCAAGUGGAGACGAGAACCGCAGACGGUAGAAGACGAAUCACACCGCUGUGUAUCGCUCAGCUGGACACAGGGGAUUUCUCGCCGGCGCUGUUCAACAGCGUUCCCAUCCUGCCCUCGGGCUCCUCCAUGUCCAGUCAGCUCAUCCCUCAGCUCAGCUCUGACUCCAGCCCAGGACAGGCCUCCUCUCUGGGGCUGAGGCCCAGCCAUGACCUCACCUCACCUCCAGCCAGCGGCACCGCCAAGGGCCUGGAAGACAACAAGGAUGGUGUGAAACCCAGUCUGCUGCUCACCUCUGCUCCCAAGAUCGAGCCAAUGAAAGCUUUGGACUCCAGGUUUACAGAGAGGUCGAAGGCCACGCCGGGGGUCACAGCCGCCAUCUCCUCCACCGCUGGACUCACUCCUCUUGACAGGCCAAAAGACGGCAUCUCGGCCCUGAAAGACGUAAAAACCAAAGAAGACACCAGCAGCGACAGCGAGGACAAGAUGGCUGCCAUCAACAAAAACCUGGCCUUUGGCAAGAGGAAACCAGAGCUGCUGAUGGAUGGAGGAGAGGUGGUGGAGAAGAGGAAGAAGGGACGGCCCAGGAAAGACAAGAUGGCAGCUACCAUCGCCCAACCCUUUACACAGAUAACUCCUCCAGCAGAGCGGGAGCCCAGCAGGGCGGCAGCUCCUCCAGCUCCCGUCGCCGUUCUCAAACUACCAACACCAAGUACACAGAAGGCCUUCACUCUGCAGGUGAGCAUGGAGCCGUCAGUGUUCCUGGAGGUGGAGAAUGAAGUGUCAGUGGUCGCGGGUUCGAAGCUCAGCCAGCUGCGAUGCUCCAGAGACGGACGAGACUGGAACACGCUGCUGCCCAGCUCAGUGGUCACUGCUGCAGGGAGCAGUGACAUCCUCGCCGUCGCCUGUGAGGACAGGAUGUUGUCAGUGUUUUCUUCCUGUGGGCGGCGGCUCCUUCCUGCCAUCCAGCUCGGGACACCGGUGUCAGCUCUGCACUGCUCGGCCCACUUCCUCAUGGCUCUGACUGCAGGAGCGACGCUGUCCGUCUGGGACGUUCAGAAACAGAAAGCUCUGGUGAAGAACGAGUCUCUGCUGACCAUUUUACCUGGUGCUGACAUCACAGUGUCUCAGUCUCUGCUGACUCAGCAGGGAGUUCCAGUCAUUGGACUGUCCAAUGGGAAGUCGUACUGCUUCAGCUCCUCCCUGGAGACCUGGACUCUGAUAGCAGAUAAAGGAGACUCUCUGGUCCAGUGUGCUGACUUCAGGAGCUGCCUACCUACCCAUGAUGCACCUGUGUCUUCAGGGCCGCUGGCUGUAAUGCAGGGACGCAACCUCAGUGCUGGUCGGCUGGCGUCCCGCCUCUCCUCCACCCCUCACCACCUGCAGCAGAGCAUGACGUUGGCCUUCCUGGAGAACCAGCUGGCGUCUGCUCUGACUCUGCAGUCGGCGCAGGAGUAUCGUUACUGGCUGCUCAUCUACGCCCGUUUCCUUGUCAACGAAGGCUCAGAGUAUCGUCUCAGAGAGCUCUGUAAGGAGCUGCUGGGUCCCGUCCACAAAUCUGCAGCCACAGCCUGGGAGCCCACCACUCUGGGUCUUCGUAAGCGGGAGUUGCUGCGGGAGGUUUUACCCGUCAUUGGUGAAAACCUGCGAUUCCAGAGACUGUUCACUGAAUACCAGGACCAGCUGGAGCUGCUUCGCAACAAAUAACACACACACAUAGAGACUGACACAAACACACGCUUGGACUCGUCAUGAAACCAGUUUGGUUCGUCACGGCUCAGCUCGGCUCGGCUCAGCUCGGGUAAACUCUGGCUGCUUUCAUCAACUUGGGAAGCUUGAAACGCUGUCCUGGCUGAGACCUGAAACACAUCCUGAGUGUUUUCUGAGAACGUUAAUAACAGCCAGUCCACAGCCUUUCAGGCACUGGGACUUUUCAGUGCUGACGCUCACCGGGGACAAGUGGGUGCUUCUUCUUCUUCUUCUUCUUCUUCUUCUUUUUUUUUUUUCCUAAUCACGAUUUCAGUUUGAACUGCCGUCUUUUGUCUUUUUUCCUGCUAAGUGUGUCUUCUGACCUAUGCACCUCUCUCCUGUCCUCCUAAUCAUGAACUUAUGAAGAUAAAGUCAAGAGAGACAGUGAUAGAAAGGUUGCAGGUUUGAUUCCUGCUAACUGCCACGUGCAGCAUCAGCAGCUGUGUCCCGUUGAAUCGUUCUCGACUCUGUUUCCCUCCUCAGAGAGAGAGAGAGAGAGAGAGAGAGAGAGAGCAGAGGUGAGACGCUCGUAAAAGGUGAAUAGAAAUCAGAAUGGAUGUAAAGGAGCAAUAUGCUUGUACCAAAGUGAUGCCUUUAACUACACACCAGUAUCUGCACGGUGAAGACAAUGAAGGGCAUCUGCACAAAGGUUCAGCUGGAAUUUAAAGGCUGAUAUGUGUGAGUCUGUGAGUGACUCGUACUGGCUCUUUAAAAGCGACAAAAUGUGAAGUCACAGUGAAAAAAGAUCAAAUUUAGACAACUGCUGGGAAUUAAAUCUAUAUACUGAAAUACAGGAUGGAUCUCUGGGAAAUGGAGUGAGAAGGGAUCGCAGAUAUUACAUGAUAACGCAUAAAAAGCCUUCAAGCCUAAGUCAAAGAACAUGUAAAGCAGUGUCGAUUUUAGAAAAUGUAAUUCCUCAUGAAGAGGAGGCACAUGAGACUGAAUUCAAACCAGCCUGGUUCCAGACCUCUGAACCACUGCCCACAUGUGAUUUAACAUGAACACAGCCAGACUAAAUACUAAAGUAGAAAUCAGCUCAGUCCAGUCAUCAGGUCGAGGCGCUGCAGAAACUUGUAGAUGUGCAGUGAGCUACUGUUUUAAACAUCAGUACAAGCUGUUAAUGCUGGAUGCUUCUUUUUUUAAACCGCAUCCAUUUUAUGAGAAUCAUGACCUGAACGUCAUCAGCUCCUCAAAUCUAAAUGAGACUGUUUGUAAAUCAAACAUUUAACAAAGUGGAUGCACUUAAAAAGUCCCAUUUUCAUUGUGUUGGAUCAGUGAGAACUAAACUGACUUUUCAGUUGUCAGCCGUUAUCAGGACAUUUCACAUUAUGUCAUAUUCACCAUAUACACACACCUACUGCAUUAUGAACCUGUACGUGUCUGAGGAAAUCAGAGACAGAAUCUCUCUCCUACAUGUUAGAGUUUGACACUACCAACACUCUGCUCUUGUUUCUCUUUAAAUCCAACAGAAAUGUUUGCAGAUUUCUAAACAUACGAGCAUUUUGAGAUUGUAGCAUCGUCUUAUUCUUGAAAUCAUGACCGCUGGUGGAGAAAUGUUUCACCUCUCAUCUCGUUUGUAAAUAAGCUGAAAUCAGAACACAGAAACAAAACCAGGUCUUGUAAAGGCUAAGACACCGUUCUGCUGCACCCCUGUUUAUUUUUUAUAAAAACCACUGCUGAAGAAUCCGUUUUUCACAACUAAAGGGGAAAAUGUUUGUUUUGAUUUUGUUUGACAUCCAUUAACUUGACAUUUGAACAGGGUUCAAAGGCCCAAAGGUCAUGAAACCCAUCAGUGGACUUCACUUGAAGAAAAGAAGUACUUCUGUUUAGCCUUUUGUUUUUGUGCUGCAGCAGUGAUGCACUCCUCUGCCAGCUCAGUGUGUGUAUAUGAAUGGGGAGUGUAAACUUAGAAAGCUUGUUCCUGCUGUAUUUCACUGCACUGUGUAGAAAACAUCACUGAGGCAGACACACAAGACGAGUCCAGAGGAAGAGUGACUCCCCUGUCUUUACUAAUCUGUACAGCAUUUCUUUCUCUUUGUUUCAUUUCUCUUUUUUGUUUGUUCUUUGCUGUUAGUCAUUUUUAAAUGUUUGUACAAGGCAAUUUUUUUUGUCUCCAUUUUCUAUAAGAAAAAGAAAAAAUGAGUGGAGACGAGCUGAAACUUUGCUUUGAAGAAAGAAAGUUCAAAUUAAACAAAUGAGGAACA